CAGUCACGUGACCUGCAGUCAUAUGACUGUCUGAGCCCAGAUCCUCUAUUGCUGCAAAACGGGAGGACCUGUGUCUGAUACAAUGAAACUCAUCAUUCUGGAUAAUUAUGACCAGGCCAGUGAGUGGGCUGCAAAGUACAUUAGAAAUCGGAUAAUACACUUCAAUCCAAGUCCUGACAAGUACUUUACUUUAGGCCUUCCUACAGGAAGCACACCAUUGGGAUGUUAUAAGAAACUGAUCGAGUAUCAUAAGAAUGGAGACAUUUCCUUCAAAUAUGUGAAAACAUUCAACAUGGAUGAAUAUGUGGGCCUUCCCAGAGAUCAUCCAGAGAGUUAUCACUCUUUUAUGUGGAAUAACUUCUUCAAGCACAUUGACAUCUGUCCAGAAAACGCACAUAUAUUGGAUGGAAAUGCUCCUGACUUGGCAGCCGAGUGUGACUUGUUUGAAGAGAAAAUCCGUGAGGCUGGACGGAUUGAACUCUUUGUUGGAGGUAUUGGUCCUGAUGGUCACAUAGCCUUCAACGAGCCCGGAUCAAGCUUAGUAUCCAGAACCAGAGUGAAGACCCUAGCUAUGGACACUAUAUUGGCCAAUGCUCGCUUCUUUGAUGGAAAUCUCUCCAAAGUGCCAACUAUGGCUUUGACUGUUGGCGUUGGAACAGUUAUGGAUUCCAAAGAGGUUAUGAUUCUCAUUACUGGGGCCCACAAAGCCUUUGCCCUUUAUAAAGCCAUUGAGGAAGGGGUUAAUCACAUGUGGACUGUGUCUGCCUUCCAGCAACACCCCAAUACUGUAUUUGUCUGCGAUGAGGAUGCAACAUUAGAGCUUCGUGUGAAGACUGUGAAAUAUUUUAAAGGCCUUAUGCAUGUUCACAACAAACUGAUAGAUCCUCUCUACAGUAUGAAGAAAGAAGGGGAAGAUGCUGCACAUACAGCAAAGAAACCAUACAGUGACUGAACUAAAACAUACGCGUACAAUGCCAAUAAAGUGGAAAUGAGACGACAGAAUUGACCUCUUUGAGGACAAAGGGACCUAUCUUCAUAGUGCCAUCACCUUGGGCUUGUGGGAAGGACACAAAUAUGACUAUUUAAAGGGAAUCAACUGUACAGGAAAAUACAAGUCUUUAAAUGUUUUGCAAUUUCUUAUAGUCUUUGUAGCAAAAUACAUUUCAGAUUUAUGCACUUUUA